UUAAAACUAGUUAUAAAUAGAUUAGUGCGUUUGAGGACUUUUCAGUCGAUUUUUUACUUCUUAGAUGUUUAAACCUUAAAAGAAUAUUGAAAAUGGAUAAUAUUAAAUUGAAGAACAAUUAUUACAAUCAUAAAAAAUUUGACUUCAAAAGACGUAGGGAAUAUUGUGAAGAGGAACUUGCAGUUGAAGAACAAUUUCAUAUAACAUCUUGCAAAAUGAGUAAUUUUAUCAAAAAUACACCAUCGUCUUUAGAAGUAAAUAAUUCGAUAAGUGUUCAAUAUAAUGAUCACAAAUCUUUAGUUGCUGAAAGCAAAACUAACAAAUCAAAACGUCUAAAAUUUUCAAAAAAUGAAAAUGAUGAAAACCGUAUUAUUAAAAAAUUUUUGACUCCAACACAACAUCAUUCAAAUAAUAUGUAUAUUGAUUAUACUAUUUCGAAUUUUGAAAAUAAUUUCGAUUAUAAAAAUUUAAAAAAUAUUGAUGAAAAUAAAGAUUUAAAUAAGGAAGAAUCUCUUAAUACAGCUCGUUUAAAUCAGACAGAUGCUAGAAAUCUUAUAAAUUUACCGAAAAAUGUUUUGGUUGAAGUAUGUAAAUAUCGUCCCAGAAUGGCAAGAACAUUUCCGGGUAAAAAACGUAAUAAAAAAGAACAAGAACGUCGUGAUAAAAACACAAUGGCAUGCCGUAAAACUCGCAGAUUAAAGAAACUUGAAGAUUUAGCUGUAGAACAAAAUUGUAUAUAUCUGAAAGAUCAGCAUUUGAAAAUUUUUAAGGAAAAUAUUAGGGGUCAAUAUUACAUCGAAGAACUUUUAAAAUUGUUAGAGAUAAAAAUGUUAAAAAAAGAAAAUAUAAAAAACUCAAAAUAAAUAAAAAAUACAAAAAAUAAAAUUAAUUAAAUUAUUAAGAAUUUGAAAUAUUUUUUUUUUUUGAUUUUGCUAAAAACAAAGGAUUAAAAAUUUAAUAUUAUGUACCUAUUUAAUUUUAACAAAAUAUAUAUUUUAAUUUCAUACUGCUGCUCAUGCUGCUAAUUGCCAAAACCCCUGCUCAUGAGGGUG